GGCUGUUCCCUCCCUGCUGAGGGGGCUCAGCUCUCUGACUCGGCCGCACGCCUGCUGCUCGGCGUCACUCCCUGCUCUGUGCUCUGGCACGCAGCGCUCCCAGCAUCUGAACGCAUUGUGUUGGCUGUCCCCAAGCAUGACAGCGGGGAGCGGCGUGGUGAUGGGACAGCACUCAGCGAGUGAAGGAUUUUGAUGUCCUGGCGCCUACCGUGUGUUUGAGGAGGGAUGGUCUGUGGGGACCUGGGGCGAUGAGUCCUUCCUUCCUCUCAGCCCCGGAGAGGAGUGCAGGGCCGGGACAUCCUGGCUGCAGGCACCAUCCUGGGGCUGUGAUCAGCCGCGGCGCUGGAAACUUGGCCACAGCAUGCGGCAGGGUGGGCAGGAUGGGCUGCAGGCUGACCUCCUGCCCGCGCCAUUGUCCUGCGCCGCCGGGCCCUUCCGAUCCCCACGUCCUGAUGGUACUGGGAUGGGCCCUGUGUGCCUCCGGCUCCUGGCAGGGGUCAGCGCUGGCCGUGGCCCCUCUUCCCCCCCAUCCCUAACACCGACCCCGUCUGUCCGCAGUGAAGUUCAUGCGAGAAGUGACGCCGUACAUGAAGAAGCCAUCGCUGGUGUCAGACCUGCCCUGGGAGGGAGCUGCCCCGCAGUCGCCCAGCCUGAGCGGCAGUGAGGACUCAGGAUCACCCCAGCACCACGGCGCCCGUGACCACAAGGUCAUCCCUCUGAAGAUGUGCUUCGCCGCACGGAACCUCAGCAUGCCCGACCUGGAGAACCGGCUGAUUGAGCUGCACUCGCCGGACAGCAGGAACACGCUGAUCCUGCGUUGCAAGGACACUGCCACUGCACACUCCUGGUUCACAGCGCUGCAUGCCAACAUCACAGCGCUGCUGCCACAGGUGCUGGCGGAGCUCAACGUCGUGCUGGGUGGCAGCGCUGGGGGCCGGGAGGUGAAGCACGUCGCGUGGCUGGCAGAGCAGGCACGGCUGGACGGUGGGCGGCAGCAGUGGCGGCCGGUCCUGAUGGCGGUGACGGAGAAGGAUCUGCUGCUGUACGACGCCAUGCCUUGGACGCGUGAUGCGUGGGCCUCGCCGUGCCACAGCUACCCGCUGGUGGCCACCAGGUUGGUGCAUUCAGGCUCGGGCCGCCGCUCGCCCUCGCUGGGCUCUGAGCUGACCUUUGCCACGCGGACGGGCUCACGGCAGGGCAUUGAGAUGCACGUCUUCCGUGUGGAGACGCACCGUGACCUGUCCUGCUGGACGCGAGUGCUGGUGCAGGGCUGCCAUGCUGCUGCUGAGCUCAUCAAGGAGGUGUCCGUGGGCUGCACGCUGGGUGGCCAGGAGGUGAAGCUCUGUAUUCACUACGAGGGUGGCUUCACCAUCUGCCGCGAUGAGGCAGGCGGCAGCGUCCUCUACCGCUACCCCUAUGAAAAGCUGAAGAUGUCGGCAGACGAUGGCAUCAGGACCCUCUAUCUGGACUUUGGAGGCCCAGAGGGGGAACUGGCGCUGGACCUGCACUCCUGCCCCAAGCCCAUCGUCUUUGUGCUGCACACCUUCCUCUCAGCCAAAGUCACCCGCAUGGGGCUGCUGGUGUAGACGACCGCCCUGGCCCCCCCAGCUGCCUCCAUAAUGCAAAGCAGCCUGGGAAACAUGGAGCCCCCACCGCUGCCUGCCACACCGGUGCCUUGGGGAGAGGGCUCCCCUUCUACGGCUCGGGGAGCUCAGCGUUAUCCCCCGCCCCCGAAAGCCAUCUCUGAUCUCACCACCUGUGCCUUGCAGCGGGGCCACUGACCCCCCUCCCCCCCGGGGGGUUCACCGUGUGUUCCUCCCCCACAUGGGACUGUGUUGGGCACCGUUUGUAUCCCCUGGGGGGGUCUCGUCUUAAAAAUGUGGGCACUCGGGAGGAUGCUGGGACCUAGCCCUGUGAUGCUGGUAUGGGCAGGAGGCUCGGUCCCUGCCGUGCCGCGAUCACAGGGCGGGUGCUCCCCAAACUCUCAGAGUCUGCAAACGCUGUUCCCUGCCUGGGCUGGGGGCAUAGCGGGACCCCCGUGGGCCCCGUGGUUUUGGGGAGGGACACGUAGAUCAAUGCACUUUCGCUUUUUGUACUUUACCUCCACCCCUGGUGCGGGGAUGGGUGCUCGGUGCUGGGGGUCCCCGCUGUGCCCCAGCCCAACUCCUCCGCAAAUGUUUCUGCUUUCCACGGGCUGUGCCAGGGGGGCCGGGGGGUGCAGAGCCCCCCACCCAGCUCAGCUCGUUCUAUUUUUGUACUCUUUGUAAAUCGCUAUUUAUACAAA